UUAUUUCCCUACGUCUAAUUUUCACGUGAUGAUUACAAACUUUUAAAAACUAAAAUCAUCAGCUGUUUCUUUCACUUUGUUCCAGUUUUCCAACAUGUAUACCAGGGUGUCCUUGUUCGUCUUGCAGGUUCUGUUUGUAGGGUGCAUUUACGCGGCACUUGAUGCUCCAUGCUCCAGGCCAGACAUAGAUAAGUUGUUCAAAGAAAAAAGAACAUACCCUCGACCUCACUGGGAUGUGAACCCUAAGGAUCUACCGACACAGUGGGAUUGGCGUUAUAUGAAAGGAAUGAAUUACGCAAGUACAACACGCAACCAACAUAUCCCACAAUAUUGUGGAAGUUGCUGGGCUAUGGGUGCAACCAGUGCUAUGGCAGAUCGUAUCAACAUCAAGAGGCAAGGUGCUUUCCCCUCCACUUACCUUUCCCCUCAGAAUGUGAUUGAUUGUGGAGACGCCGGAGACUGUGACGGAGGAUCGGCGAUGGGGGUUUAUAGCUACGCAAACACCCACGGAAUACCCGAUGAAACGUGUAAUAACUACCAAGCCAAAAACCAAAAAUGUGAGGCAUUCAACAAGUGUGGGACUUGUACAACGUUUGGAGAGUGUUCCGCCAUAGACCAAGGUAACUACACAUUAUGGAGGGUUGGUGACUAUGGACGGAUACAAGGAAGGCAGAAAAUGAUGGCAGAAAUAUUCAAGAAUGGACCGAUCACAUGUGACAUUGAUGCGACCAAAAAACUGCAGAAAUUUAGAGGAGGUAGGAUCUACAAAGAGUACAACAAAAACCCAGAGACCGAUCAUAUUGUGUCAGUAGCAGGAUGGGGUGUCGAGAAUGGAACUGAAUAUUGGAUUGUCCGCAACUCAUGGGGAGAACCUUGGGGUGAGAAAGGCUGGUUCCGGAUUGUGACGAGUGCGUAUAAAGGAGGUACUGGUGACAAUUACAACCUAGCCAUUGAAGACAACUGCUCCUUUGGUGAUGUCAUCGUUGAUUAACGUCUUAGCUGUUCUUUGUGGAUGUCAACCAUUAAAGGCACUGGACACUAUUGGUAAUUACUUAAAAUAAUUAUUAACAUAAAAACUUCUUUGGUCAUGGAGUACUGAUAAACAAGGCUGGUUAUAAGGCUGGAGUUUCCCACAUUAAAUGUCGUCCUAUGAAUAUUUAAUAUUAUAGAAUAAGACAACAACUGACCAAUCAGACAAAAUGGCUCCAGUUUGCACUUUAAAUAUUCCCUGUAAUGUUAUGAUCAAACGGCAGUAAUGUUUGGGUUCACACAAAAUCGCUUUUUUCUUUAAAGGCACUGGCCGCUAUUGGUAAAUACUUUUAAAUAAUUGUUAGCGUAAAACUUUACUUGGUAACAAGCAAUGGAGAGCUGUAGAUAGUAUAAAACAAUGUGAGAAACGGCUCCCUCUGAAGUAACGUCAUUUUUGAGAGAGAGGGAGGUUCUCACUCAGAUAUUAAAAUACUUUUUUUUUCUACAAGAAAACGUUUCUCCCUGUACAUGAGACGGAUCAAUGCAAAGGUUGGCAAAAACAAAGUCUUUUUGUAAACGACUAGUUUCGUGAUGCUUUUUAUAUUACAAAUAAUUCUAUUGAAAGAACCUUCAAAUUUCAAAUUUAAUGUUAAAACCAGUACUUGGUUUCUGAUAAUUGUAAUUUUAGAAUUUUCCUUUUUUUUUUAUUUUUAGACUUGUGAUAUUGAUGCAAUUCAGCUUUACAGCUGCCUAUUAAGACAAUAGAGACCAGCACAUAGCCAAAUAUUAACAAUAAUCAGUUUCACUUCAUUGAUGCAAAGUUAAUGAACUCUUUUUUUACUGUAACGUGCAAAUUUUACAACAUUAUUUUAUUUGGAUACAAAUGUGACUGUAAAAUAACUAACAACAAAAACAAAAUUCUUUGAUGUGUUUCUCUUUUUAUGUUUUAUUGUUUUGUAAAAAAAAGAAAAUUGUACUGCUUAGUUAUCGGAUGAAUAGUAGAGAGACUCAAUUUUCUUGAUGUCAUCCCAUGAAUAUUCAUUUUAUUUGAAUAGUAAAUUGUUUAUGUCAACAUUGUGUAAGAGUAACAGCUGUGUUUAAUUUGUUUAUUUACUUCCUUAUUUGCCAUUUUAGCUCAUUUAAAAUGAACCGAUGG